GGUGACGUGGAGAUGUGAGAAGCAGGAGGAGGAGUAGUUUUGUAUUGUGAGUGUGAGUUAAUGGAAGGGUGAUGAAUAAUAUUAGUUGGUGGUGCGUGAAUAAAGAAAAGAAAAAAAGAGUGACAAGAGAAUAAUAAAAGAUCACGUGUCGGUGGUGUGAGUUUUAUAAGACAGAAACGCGGAAGGGGUGAGGCGAGGCAAUAGCCAACAUCAUUAGGCUUUCUUGUUCCUCGGUGCGGUCGCUGUCUCUGUCUCUGUGUUCGAAUUCGAAGAAGAAGAAGAAGAAGAAGAAGAAGAAGAGAAACAUGAUAUGAUAACAGUAGAUAGGUCUGGCCUGGUUAAGAAGAAUAAUAGCGGUGCCACUUCGGCAGAGAAGAAGAAAGAACAGAAAGAGAAAGAGAAAGAGAAGAAUCAUCCACAAAACACCAAAUCCCAACAAACUCAUGGAUAUCUGGCGCAACAUGAUUUUUCCAGUCAGACGUGUCUGGCUUGCUCUCUCCGCUCGUCUCAAGACUCGCAAAAACGGAGCAGGACUGCUGAAGCUUCAGGAUGAUGUACAGACAUGUGGAUAUGAAGAUGUACAAGUGAUGUGGGAAAUGCUACAAAGAACCGAAAGUGAUGUUACAGAAAACCAGCAUAAGCGUAAGCAAUUGCCAUUCUGGAGGAUCUUUGUAUGGUCCAACCACAGUGAAGUUUCAUCGGAAUCUGCAAAUCACACUUGAAAGUUGAAAACUAGACACGGGUUUUAAGUUUACAAAUAAAACCUCCACUGAUGUAUUGCAGGGCCACCGUUUGCCAGCAUGGCGGAGGCAUGUUUCUUGGCCGCUAAAUCCAAGUACAUGUCACUGUGACAACAAAAUCAUUUGAGGUUUCUCUUUUACAGCUCAAACUGUACUCCGUAUGACAGUAGUAUGUAAAUAUGCCAAUAGUUUGUCAAAAGUCACACCCGGGUUUCUCUAACGCCAAAGCAAGCAAUUUCACUUAACUGUCUUCAUUGUUAGUAACAAGCAGCAGAGUGUUUAAGCUAAUAGUCUCAAGUUUUCUCUGUAUGCCUACUAGUAAAAGAGAAAUCCGAAUGUUAAAUCCUGAGUCAAAAGCGAGAGCGUUGUGGUGUUGUAAUCUUUUAAAGAUUAUCUACUUUCAGACCACAACGAUCUUUAACAGAAGACACAUGCAGGUACAUCGUAAUAUGAUAUAUGUCAAUUUCUUUCUAUUUCCAAGAA